AUGGAUUCCAAAAUCUUGGGUGAUUUUGAUACUAAAAUGGAGUUUAAAGUAGAAGAAAUUAUUAGAGAUUAUAGUGGACUAUGUUUGGAUUGUUUAGAAUCUGGUGGAAAGGAAUGUACUAUCCAUUCACUAGAAGAAGCAUUAGAUAUUCAUUCUGGACAUAGAACAUUCUCAGAGAGAACAUUGAAAGAUCAUUUAAAAAAAGAUAAAUAUUUUGAAGAUAAACAGAAAGAAUUGUUUAGGAAACUAAUGGAGACUGUAGAAGCCACAAAGAAGAACCAAGAGAGAAUAAUAGCAAUCACAAAGAAAUAUAAUUAUUUCCAUGAGAGGCUAAGCGCUGAGGAAUAUAAGCUACGGAAACCACUAGAAGAGGAGGUCAAUAAAUCAUUGGAAACCACAAAAUCAAUAUAUUCUCAAAUUAUUUACAAUUGGAGAAUGAAUAAUUGGAUGGAUGAUAUUGAAAUCAUUGCGCCAGGAAGAGAUGAAAGCAUAAAUGAAAAUAGUAGAAUGAGUGAAUCGCUCUCUAGUAUUAUUGGUGAUAAUGAAGGCAUUGAUUUGAACCUACAUCAAUAUGGAAUAGGUCAAAAUGGUUCAAUCCAACUCACAGAUUCAACUGUUUAUCUUUCAAAAACUAUUAAUAAUAAUAGCCACAUCAAUAAUAACAACUUUAAAAAUAACAAUUUAGAUGAUAUCUCAACUGGACCAAUUAUUAACUUCAAGACUAAAGAGAUUACACCUACAUAUAAUGAAAGUAAACCAAUUAACUUUAGUUUGAUCUCUGAGUUUAGAUCUCAUUAUGUCAAGUGCCAAUCAGAAAAAUAUGAGUCACCAAAUUCAUUUCCAGAACUAAAUCUUAAGAAAGAAUUCCACAAAGUUAUAGAGAGUAUCAUGUAUUCCAAAUUUUCUUUUAAAAUGUCUUUACCAAAGGAGAAAUACACAAAGAGUGAAAGUUUUAAUUUUAAUGAUAAUACAUGGUUUUUGGUAAUGGGAAUACAUAAGAGUCCUGAUAAAAUCGAAUGGUUAUCAUUGUUCCUACACCUUUCAGAAUUCAAAGAACCAAUCAAAGUAGCUUGGAAAUUUAAAAUCAUUGAUGUGGAGCAAAGUAGUGAAAAACACUUUAUGGAAUUGAAUGGUAACGUCCCUUCACGAUUGGAUGGCUAUGGUUUUACAAGAUUCAUUCAAAUGAGUAAACUUGAACCUUUCAGAAAAGAAAAUGAGGUAUUGGUAACAAUCCAAUUCAUUUAA